AAGGAAGUGACGUAAAUUUGUAGUCCACUUCAUUCAGGAUGACAACACAUCUCUCUGAGCAAGAACAGAGCUGCACAGGGGGAAAUUAAACCAGUAUUUAGUUCUGUAAUCAGACUGACAGUAAACUAAAGUGUUUAUUAAAAAAGGAUCGGUUUCUAAUCUUAUUUGCGUGGGUUCAGUUUUAUUUUUCGCUUCUUCCGGUCGCUUUUUCAUCAUUCAUUGACUGAACUGCAGCACUAGUGACAGUUAGCUGGAUCUGAGCUCUUCAUCAGUGAAAUAUGCACGGUCGGGUGAAGGUUAAGACCACCGCUCAGCAGGAGGAGGAGAAGAGAAAAGAGAGAGAAAAGAAAUUAAAAGUGUAUGUGACUGUCCGUGAUGCCAUUUUUAAAAAGAGAAGUGAUGGUGAGCUCGAUGAGGAGGCUCUCCAGCUCACUCAGCAGCUUCUGUCUUCUAACCCAGACUUUGCUACCCUGUGGAACUACAGGAGAGAGAUUCUGCUGCACCUAGAGACCAUCAAAGAGAAGGAAGAAAUGCAGAAGCUGUACGAGGCCGAACUGUUCUUCAUCGAGUCCUGCCUGAAGGUGAACCCCAAAUCGUAUGGAAGCUGGCAUCACCGCGGCUGGGUAUCCUAUCGGUUGCCAAAGCCAGACUGGAAGCGGGAGCUCAGUCUGUGUGAUCGCUGCCUCAGCCUGGACGACCGUAACUUUCACUGCUGGGAUUACCGGCGUUUGGUUGUGAAGGAGUCCGGAGUGUCGGUGGAACAGGAGCUGCAGUUCACUGAUCGCCUAAUUGGCUCCAACUUUUCUAACUACUCCAGCUGGCACUACCGAAGCACCCUGCUGCCCCUGCUGCACCCGCAAUCCAGCUCAGAAUCAGCACAGCCCUGCCAAAACAACACCUCACCACAGUCACACCGGGUGUGUGAAGAGCAGCUGCUCAAAGAGUAUGAGCUGGUGCAGAACGCCUUCUUUACUGACCCAAAUGAUCAGAGUGCCUGGUUCUACUACCGCUGGCUUCUGGGAAGAGCUGAGCGGGAGGAUCUGAUAAGCUGCGUUUAUGUGAAUAGAGAGGGGGGCAGGGUAGCUGUGGCCUUCUCCAAACCUGUAAAUGCUCUCACGAUGGAGUUGAUGGUGGUGUCAAAUGGUCAGCCUCAGCGGGGCGAGUGGAAGAGUGUUCACCCUCAGCUCCGCUACAGCCCUGUCUGGGUGUUCCAAAUUCCUCCCGACAUGUUUAUUGACAUUAAUAACGAACACAACCUGACGGUGACCUGGAUGGAGAAACACAUUCACAAAGACUGUUCGCUCUAUAGAGGUCAGUCGGAGAGUUGGUGCAGGGACUCUGCUACAGAUCAGGGGCUUUUUAGGAGUGAGCUGUCUGUAGAAAAGACGUCGGUUCUGGAAUCAGAACUACAGUCCUGUAAUCAGCUGCUGGAACUGGAACCUCAGAAUAAAUGGUGCUUGUUGACUAUAAUCCUGCUGAUGAGAGCUCUGGAUCCUUUGGGUUAUGAGAAGGAGACACUUGCUCAUUUCCAGACUCUGAUGGAAGUGGACCCGAUGCGAAGCUCGUAUUACAGUGAUCUGUGCAGUAAGUUUAUGAUUGAGAACACCAUUAUGAAGAUGGAAUAUGCUGAAGUGCGCGUCUUCAGUCUUUCUGAUAAGAACCUGAGUACCCUGUGCCACCUGGAUCAGCUGCUAUUGGUCACUCAUAUUAAUCUGUCCUCCAAUAAGCUUGUCAGGCUGCCACCGCAGUUCGCCAUGCUACACUGUCUGGAGGUUCUGGAGGUUGAUGAUAAUGCCAUUGAGAAUGUGGAAGGACUCUACCAACUGCCCCAGCUUGAGGAAGUGUCUUUAAAAAACAACCACAUCUCGAAAGUCUCCGACCUGACGCCACUGGCAUCCUGUCCAAAACUCACCAGGUUGGAUCUGCGUGGCAACCCGGUCACCAAGAUAUCCAACUUUGAAGCAGAACUGGCUGAGCUGCUACCAUCAGUUACUGACCUUUUGCUUUGAUGGGUCUGGUUGAGCUUUGACGGCUGCAGUGACUGAACACGUGUUGCACUGCUUGGAGGAGACUUCCAAACGCCAGACUGUGUGCACAUGUGCCUGAUUGUUCUUGUGUUUGCAUGCUGGUGCGAAUCGUGUGUGUGUGUGUUAAAUGAGUUUUGAGGUCUUCACACCUACUGUAAUUGUAGCUCAACCUAGUAGUUGUGUCUACUAACAAUUAUAACAUGAGCCAGACAAAAGAACAGUGUGUUCUCCGUACAAUAAAGAACAGAUUUAAUAGAAA